GUCAUCCUCGACCGGUCGAUUGACCUCGCCACGCCACUGGCCCACUCGUGGACGUACCAGGCGCUGGCCCAUGACGUACUGGACAUGAAGCAAAAUCAGGUGAUCAUUGAGGAGAGCGCUGGAGCUACCGGAGCUUCUGGUCCUAGCAAGAAAAAGUCCCACGACCUCAAUCCGCAGGACAAGUUCUGGGCACAGCAGAAGGGCAGUCCCUUUCCGCAGGUGGCCGAGGCGAUUCAGGAGCGGCUAGAUGUGUACAGAAACAACGAGGACGAGGUGAAGCGCCUCAAGUCGGAGAUGGGCCUCGACAACACCAUACCCGACCAGGCGAUCUCGCUGCUGACGGACAACACCGCCAAGCUGACCAAUGCGAUCAACACGCUGCCGGAGCUGCUGGAGACGAAGCGGCUGAUUGACCUGCACACCACCAUUGCCAGCGCCAUUCUCGAGCAGCUGAAGGCGCGCAAGCUGGACGUCUACUUCGAGGUGGAGGAGAAGCUGACGGCGAGCGCGGCCAUCCUCGAGUUGAUUCGCGACCCGGCGGCGGGCACGGCGGAGGACAAGCUCCGCCUCUUUCUCGUCUACUACCUCACCCACCACCAGCUGCCGGAGGCGGAGGUGGAGACCUACCUGGGCGAACUUCGAGAGGCAGCGGGAGGGGGCGUCACCGGGGAGCAGUUGGCCGCAUUCGAGUACCUCCGCCG